CGUCAUCUCUAAGGAACUCUUCCGUGUUUUCAGAAUGGCAGUGUAAGAGCGCAUGUGUUUUAGUAGUUAAAGCAUUAUUUCGCAUUUUAGCUACUUGGUGUUUUAGGAUAUAACAUUGACGAUGGGUUUACUUACGAUCUUGAAGAAGAUGAAGCACAAGGAGCGCGAAAUGCGACUACUGAUGCUUGGUCUUGACAAUGCUGGAAAAACAACCAUCCUGAAAAAGUUUAAUGGUGAAGAUGUCAGCACUAUUUCUCCAACGUUGGGGUUCAACAUAAAGACUCUAGAGCAUAGGGGGUUUAAUCUGAAUAUCUGGGAUGUGGGAGGUCAGAAGUCGUUGCGGUCGUACUGGAGGAAUUAUUUUGAAAGCACAGAUGGACUGGUGUGGGUAGUGGACAGUGCAGACAGAUUGAGACUGGAAGACUGCAGAAAAGAGCUGAGUACUUUAUUACUAGAGGAGCGAUUAGCAGGAGCCACUCUGCUAGUGUUUGCCAACAAACAAGACCUGCCUGGUGCGCUAUCAAAAGAUGCCAUACGAGAGGUUUUAGGCCUGGAUGACAUUAAGAUGCAUCAUUGGUGUAUAGUGGGAUGCAGUGCAGUGACUGGUGAAAACCUGCUGACAGGCGUGGACUGGUUACUUGAUGAUAUAGCAGCUCGGAUCUUUACAGCUGACUGAGGGACUGAACAUUUCAACACAAAUAAUGGACAAUACAGAAGGCUCCUGUUGAACUUAUUCAUACAAAUAUAUCUCAAAAGAUUUAAAGUUUAGCUCCAACAAAAUGUACCACUUACGGAAGAUAUAUCACCAUUAUACUCCGUUUUCCAGUUGCCCAGUAUAUUUAGUGUAUGGUUCAUUGUAUUAAUAAACCUGAAACAUGCAGGGGUGGGCAAUUCCAAGUCCUGGCACACUCUGCAGAGUUUACCUAAAAAAAACCUAACCAGUGUGUUCAGGAUUACUGAAAAUGACUUGUAUGUGUUUAGGAUUGGAGAUUAACUGCACUUUAAAUUAUUCAACUCUGAAAUUGGCUCAAUUUAAGAAUAUCAGUGUAGGCUUGCCCUAUCUUGAACUUUAUUUUAAUAAGUUCUAGAGAUUGUGUCUGUCGCAUAUUUCUUAACCUUUUUAAUAUGUAAUAACUGACUAAAUCAUUUUUGACUUGUUCACCUGGACCCAACUGUUUUACAGCGCUGGCAGUCCUUAUUUUCUUUGUGAAAAGGCAGCAAUUUGUUCCCAUUAAUAUACUUAAGUCAUUGUCAUCUCCAAAGUUUGGUUUACAUGCUUUUAAGUGAAAUCCUUUUAUGCAUGAUCCAACCACAUAUUUCUGUAUUUGGGGUACAAGCCUUUGCAUUUGAGGGGGCCAUGUAUAACUAGUUUGGUAAGUUUUCUCCCUUAUUAAUGUAGUCCAAAUUUAUUUGGGUUGUAGCAGAAUUCUGCACAUUUUAAUGUUAACAUUUGGGUUGUAACAAUUUGUUACACAAAAGCUGUAACAAAUUCCAAAAACCCAAAUAUGCAUCUCCUUGAAACAUGGGAUAACACGUAGUCAACCAUUAAGAAUGUAGAGUACACAAAUGCAAAUUAAAAUUCAGUGAUAUGUUUUGCAUCUGUGAAUAGGUAAUGAACUUAAAUGUCAUGUGCAAUUGAUUCAUCUUAAUUCAUUAAUUUCCUUGACAUGCCCAACAUUAACAUAUCUUUUGUACUUGCAA